AUGCACAAGUUUUAUUCUCUGGACAGGACCAGCUGGCAAGUGGGCUCUGCUCCACUUGAAAUUCUUGCAAGAGGAACAAAGAGGUGGCAGGUAGCUCUUACUCAGCAUCAUGCCGCCUUCAGACCCCAUCUGAAGCCCAAGAUCACCCAAAAGGGGACCAAAAGGUUAAUCCAGCACCAGUCAGAACAAUAUGUCAAAAUUAAGCAGAACUGGCGGAAACCGAGAGGCAAUAAUGACAGGGUGUGCGGGAGAUUCAAAGGCCAAAUCUUGAUGCCCAGCAUCAGUUACGAGAGGAACAAGAAAACAAGGUACAUGAUGCCCAGCGGCUUCGGGAAGUACCUCAUCCACAAUGUCAAGGAGCUUGAAGUACUGCUGAUGGACAAAAAAUCUUACUGUGCUGAGACUGCUCACAGUGUCUCCACCAGGAACCACAAGGCCAUUGUGAAAAGAGCAGCCCAGCUGGCCAUCAGAAUCACCAAUCCCAACACCAGCCUGCACAAUGAAGAAAAUGAAUAG